AUGCCGUCGAGGGAUCGAUCUCGAACGCAAAGGCAGCAGCGAGCGAGGCAAAUCGUCGAGGAGGAAAGCAUCGCAAAACAGCCCCACUCAAUUGUCAUUUGCCGGGGCAAAACGGGCAAGAACCUGAACGACUUGAUGAUGGACUUUCGUCGCGUCAUGUCGCCAUUUACAGCGUCGAAUUUGAAGGUGAAGAAGGCCAAUGUUCUCAAGGAUUUUCUCACGAUCGCAGGGCCGAUGAAUGUGAAACACUUGGUGACUUUCUCGAAGACGCGCGAGACGGUUGGAAUGCGGCUGAUUACUGUGCCAAAGGGGCCCACCAUGAGUUUCGCUAUUGAUGAGUUUGCGCUGAGAAAGGAUGUUGAGAGCUCUUUAGCGCGACCUAUAAAGGAUGAAAAGGUGCUCAAAAAUGCUCCAUUGUUAAUUAUGUCACAGUUCCCCAACCAAACAGAUGUGGAGAAAUUCACAUACGAAGCGUUCCGCGCCCUCUUCCCGAGAAUAAAGCCUUCCCAAGUCGCAGUGGAUACGAUACGGCGCGUUGUUUUGCUUCACUACAACAAGGACACGAAUCAAAUUCAAUUCAGACAUUAUGCAAUCAAGACGAGAACUGGGGCCGGUAAACGCGUUCGAAAGUUGUUGGAAAAUGGAAAAUCUGUUCCUGAUCUUGGAAAAUACGAAUCUGUGGAUCAGUUUUUGAAUGGAAUGAGCGGAUCGGAAUCGGAAUUCGAUGAUUCUUCCGAAGUGACGAACCCGAAAUCAGGGCGGCAAAUGAAGGUUAGACUGACCGAGCUGGGGCCUCGAAUGAAUCUGCGACUGGUGAAAAUCGAAGAAGGCCUUUCCGGCGGAGCAGUUCUUUAUCAUUCGUACAAAAGCAAGACUGAAGAGGAAAAAAUGCAAAUGGAGGAAAAGAUCAACAAAGCAGCUGAGGACAAGCAAGAGCGAAUCAGGCAGCAAAAUCAAAACGUAGCAGCGAAGCAAGCAGCCGCCGAUAAAAAGAAGAAAGAAGAGGAAAAGAAAAAGCGAAAGGAUGAAGCUGCCACGAAAGCGAGAGUGGAGCACAUCGAAAAACUGCGCGAUGGAAAAGAAGAAAAGCACGGAAAGAGCAUGGGAAGGAAGCGAGGAGCUGCUCAGAGUGCUGGAAAAGGACAAGGACCGAAGAAGAAGCUGUCGAAAAAGGCGAAAUCGAAUAUGCUGUGA